UUUGGUGUUUUCAGGUUGUUUGUGCGUCUGUUAUCGACAGACAGCUCCUCAAACUUCACACUGGGACAAAGACAUGUUUCUGAAAGCCUCUGGUCUCAGCAGUGUGUCAGAAACUUCAGUGUUUGAAGGAUUUAGGAGACAAAACUGGGCCGUUAGCACCGCGGCGGAGGAAGCGUCCCAUUCAGCUUCAUGUGUAGAGGAUGAGCUCAGGCAAUGGGACCAAGAGGAAAGUCGGCAAGCAGCAGCAUUUCAUCAACAUGGUGGCUUUUGACCCUGAAACACAGAGUGAGAUUCAAGGUCUUUUUAGUAAAGUCAGAACCUAUGUCAAGCCGUCCAAUGGGGAGUGGUGCAUCCCCGACCCAAACGUUGCUCUCAGACACUCUGCGGAGGAGCACUGCCGGCUGCAGGCCCUGAAAGUGUCGCUGAACACUGUGAAGAACCAGCUCAGUGACAAGAACGUCCAGAUUUGGCAUCAGCACACCAACUCCACCAACCGAGCCGGAAAAGUGAUCGCAGCCGUACGUUCUGCUGCCAAUGCGGAGAUCUGCACUCAGGCCUGGUGCAAGUUCUUUGAGAUCCUGGGAGUCUUCAAUCUUCUCCCAGAGGAGGCUCUUCAAAAUGGAGAGCUGAACACGGUCCACCUGUGUGAAGCUCCGGGGGCCUUUAUAACCGCUCUGAACCACUACAUCAAAACCAGUGAGUCCACACGCUACUGUGACUGGAGCUGGGCCGCCAACACUCUCAACCCGUACCACGAGGGUAACGGUGGCAGCACAACUAUCGCAGAUGAUCGUUUGAUUGCUAACACGCUGCCCUGGUGGUUCUUUGGCUCAGAUAACACAGGCAACAUCAUGAUCCAGAAGCAUUUGCUGGAGCUGCAGGUUUUUGUGGCUAACAUGCAUAGAGUGGAUUUAGUGACGGCAGACGGUAGUUUUGACUGUCAGGAGAACCCAGACGAGCAGGAGGCGCUGGUGGCGUCACUGCAUUACUGCGAGGCCACAGCUGCACUGCUCCUCCUGAGCCCCGGGGGCUCCUUUGUAUUGAAAAUGUUCACCCUGUAUGAACACUCAUCCAUCUGCCUACUCUACCUGCUCAACUGCUGCUUCCGCUCUGUCAACGUUUUCAAACCAGCCACCAGCAAGGCCGGCAACUCUGAGGUUUAUGUCGUGUGUCUGAACUAUGACGGCAAAGAAGCUGUGAGGCCUCUGCUCUCAAAACUCAUUCGUAACUACGGACCACAUCUGGCUGACCGAGAGGCACUUUUCCCAAACUCUCUCAUUCCAGAGUCGUUUCUGACACAGCAUGAAGAGGUGUGCUCGUACUUCCAUGCGCAGCAGGUGGAGACGAUCACAGAAAACCUGCGACUGUUUGAAGGAAUGAGCACAGAGCAGAGGCAGCGGCUCGACUACAUCAGAGAUUGUACGGCUCAGGAAUACCUGCAGCGCUUUCAGGUGAGCUUUCUUCCCCGGAGUCGCUGGAUCUCUCGUCACAUGGUGAGUCCUGCCUGCUGCAGCGUCUCAGCGGGUCGACCCCUGGGACAGAAGAAGCAAACAGCCUCCUUCAAUGAGCGGAGGGAAUUGCAGACCCUAAGCUGGAGGGAGCGCAUCGUGAGAGGUUGCCACGCCACCUGCAUACAGAAACACUGCACUGAGGCCAGUGGGACAGGCUGCAUGCUGGAGGGACCACUGUCCCAGUGUCACGUGGAAUCAUGGUAUGUGAUCGUCGGGGCUGCACUGACUGCAGUCAGAAACUCUCCUUUCUGUGAGGGAGGACUGUUAAACCACUUGAACGAAGCCCUGAUGGACACAGCAGUAGACUGGACACGUGCACCUCCCUGUAACUCUUGCCAUGUGCUUUGCGUGGCCUCCGUCUUGUCCGACGUGGCAGGUCUUUGCAACCUCACAGUUGACAGUGAUGGGAAUAAAAAGAAGACACAUUGUCUGGUGUUUGGCAGCCGCUCAGUUUGGGGUGAAUGUGAAAGUGGACUUGGGGAUUUGGUAUUAACAUUUUCUUCAGAGCCCUUGUUUCCUCAAAGAGGCUGCAUCACGCUGCACGACGGGGAGCCGCUGUACCAGCAGCAGCUCUUAGGUUGUGUUGUGUACUCCCUGCAGACCCUGAACUCUGGGGAUGUCCUACUGCUCCCUGUGUUGUCUGCCCUCACCCGUGUCACGGCAGCUGUUGUGCUUUGCCUGCAUGUCUGUUUUCACUCAGUUACGUUCAGGUGUCCGCCACCAUCAGGCAUCGCCGGGACAGUUCUUGUGUGCAUCGGCUUCUGCCCCAAAGCUGCUGCACGAAUGCUCCCUGUUCUUACUAACGUCCAGAGCUGCAUGGGUCAGUUAAGAGGAGAGGAGGACUCGGGUGAAAAUCAGCCACCUGACAGUCAGGUGCUGCAGUUUGUUCCCAUGGAGGAAAUGCUCACCGGGGGACUGACUGACUUUCUGUGGACCAUGAACUCUGAGAUCAUCAAGCAGAAGCUGCAUUUGCUCAUGCAGUCAUAGUGCAAAGUAGUGAGCUAUGACUCUCGGGUACACACAAAAUCUAUACAGCAGAACCAGAUCUCUCUAUUUUUUGCAAUGUAAAUCAAACGCUGACAGUUCAAGCAGAGAUUCAGAUGUAUCAUGCUAGUAGCGGCUCACAGAGGCUCGAGAAGAGUGGGUUACAUAGGUCUAGUAAGCUCACUUCUCCCGAACUUCACACUCCCCAGAUUUUUUUCUCGUACUCUUCAGACCUAACCAGCGCUGACUCAAGUGAUGUCACUCAAGGCAGUCUAUCAGAUUUCAUGUUUCUCCCUCAGGAGGCACAAACUUCAUAUUUUUUCCACAGAUGCAGUCGCAGUCCUCAACACCUGUAAACUGAUGUGAGGAGGUCUAAUGGUGACACUUCCCAACAGAGGUGAUAUUAACUUUUGUUUUCUGCACUGGCUUUUGAAUGCUUUUAUUUAUUAAGGAUCCUUCAGUUAGUAAUAAUGUAUCUGAGGAGUCCUUCUCUGGGACUUCUGGGAAUUAAAAUGUCUUUUGAUGGAUGGCGUAGGCAAAGCUUUAAAGAACAUUUGGAAACUCAGCCUUAGAUGUGACUAGACAAUAUAAUAUUAUUUCUAAAGCAACCAUAGAAAACAACCAGGAGUGCUAAAACAGAAUUAAAGACGGUUAGAGCCUGACUGAUACAUCAUCACACAUAUAUCUGCAUAUCUGCUGAUGAGCAACAAGGAAUUGCCCAUUCAUCAGGACACGUCUGUCUCAUGCAAUUUGUCAAUUUUUUGGAGGCCUUUCAUCACACGUACACUUGAUCAUGGCUGCGGUAGACAUUUAUUUAUUGUUACAAAAUAAGAUUAAAGCUGACAGAUUCUGGGAUUGAGGCUCAUGCUGAUGUUGAUUUUUCAGUUAAAAAACUCCAAUAACAAUAUAUUGUUAAAGUUAUACAGGUGAGCUUGGAAUUAUUAAUCAUGAAUUAAAUAAUCACUUGAAUAAAUUGUGGAAAAUAUAAAUUAAACAAUAAUUAGUGAUUAGUAAUUCAAGAAAACUCAGUUAGCCUAUGUUCGCUAGAGCAACAACAAUGUCAAAGUAAUUAUAUAUCAGUUAUGUUCUUAGUUCACAGGCACAAAAACAUUUAAUUUUCAUUGCACACGCAACAUACCUAGCUGGUUAACUAACUAGGCAGGGUUUAUUACCAGCAGCAGCUAAUGUUAGCUGGCUAAUAACUACCUAAGAUCAUUAUUAUUUCAUGAUAUGCAUUUUAUUUUAAUGCAUAUCAUGAAAUAAUAAUGAUCUCCAAUAGAAUGUAGUUGAAUAAUCAAUAUAUUCAUGAGUUUUUAUCGCUUCUUCAAUUAUUUCACAAAUUAAUUAUCUGCUUUUAAUCUUUUACACAAUUUAUUCAUAUAAUUUAUUUCAUAAUGUGUUUUUACCUUUUUUAUAUUUUAAUAGUGAACAUUUUGGGUGUGAGAGCUGAGCAGAGCCAACAGUUUUAAGUUGAAGGAUAAACUCUCUUGAACUGUUACGUUCUGAUGGCGAUGUAUCAGCUGGGCUUUAUUGCAGAUGUGCAGCCUGUGAUGUUAUGAGAAAAGCCUUCACUUCUCCAGUCAGGUCAGAAACACCUCGAUUAUUACUUCUUACUAGUUCAAACAAAAAGUGAGCUAGACACCGGUGUUAAUCUUGUGAGAACCUGCAGGCGAGAACAACACUGUUUGAUGAUACGAACUUGCAGUGCAUGAAAAUGCAAAUUACUUUCAGUACUUGAUCAGCGGAACUCAUUUGUGACUAAAUUCACUGAGGGUUUCAGGGUAGCCUGAAUAAACAACAAUACAACCCUGAGCACCAAACCUCCUGUCAGUCACAGAUGGUUUGUGUUGAAGCCUGCAUCAUAAAGACCCCGGAGUUUUACCCUGAAGAACCUGUUGUUUUACGACACGUUCUUUCAUCCCAGGAUGUCAGAAUGUUUUUGUCUCUUUGCCAUCAUGCAGCUUAUAGGCGACGCACUGUUAAGCAAUUAAUUUCUCUCUUUGGUAUCCAGUGAACAAAACUUUCUAUCCACAUAUGAAAGGUGUGUACUAAAAUGUUUUAUACUGCAUGUUCAGCUGUGCAGCUGUUGAGGAACAUAUAUCAGUUUCAGUAAAGUUUUUUUGUUUCUGAAGCCAUGGAGUUUAUUUUCUUAAAUUCUUACAAAAAUAAAUAAAAAUGUUCA